CUUAAGGCUUCUUCGUCAAACAUAAACAUUCUUUCUCACUCCAAUUUCUCUCUCUAGAUCUCUUUCAUCAUAUGGCUGAGGUCCAAGACAGUUCAUCAGGAAUCAAGUUAUUUGGUGCAACGAUUGCAGUGCAGGAAAAUGAUCAUCAACGAAAGGAUGAAGAUCUUGCAAAGAAAGGAGAUCAAACGGUAGAGAAAAGGCCAGACAAGAUCAUCCCAUGCCCUAGGUGCAAAAGCAUGGAAACAAAAUUUUGUUACUUCAACAACUACAAUGUUAAUCAGCCAAGACACUUUUGUAAAGGCUGCCAGAGGUACUGGACUGCCGGAGGGGCUCUCCGGAAUGUUCCCGUCGGCGCAGGUCGCCGGAAAACAAAGCCACCGUGCCCGGGUUUGUUGCCUGAAAGUUGCUUGUUUGAUGCUUCUGGGAUGCAAGUGCAACAGAUGGAGUUUGAUGGCACGGUUGUGGAGCAGUGGCAAGUGGUGGGACACGGCAGUUUUCGGCAUCAAUUUCCGGCGAGGAAGAGGAGAAAUACCUCUAAUAGUCAAACGUGUUAAUGAAUGAUCUUCUACUUUGUCUUGUAGUUGGAAAAAAAAAAAUAGAAAAAGAAAAACUAUUUCUAGUUGACAAUCUUCUUGAAUUUUAUACAUCUUGUCUUAAUUAAAUAAUUCAAGAAUCAAUCCAUGAUUAGAUGAGCUGUACAACUUAAAUAUUAAAAUAAAAAAAAUAGAUUAGGUGAAUUUUUA